AUGCAGGAGAACUACGAGACGGUGACCUCGCUGGGAUUCUCCAUUCCCAAACCUGACCUGAUCACUCAUCUGGAACAAGGGAAAGAGCCGUGGGUACCCGAUCUCCAGGCCUGUGAGGGAAGAGAGAUCCCAAGAGGCGCCCACACAGGUUACAAGAGAGCAAUCCACACCGGAGAGAGACCCCAUAAGUGCUUGGACUGUGGGAAAAGUUUCCUAUGGAGGUCAGCCCUCGUUAAUCAUCAGGCAGUCCACACAGGAGAGAGACCCCACAAGUGCUUAGACUGUGGAAAAAGUUUCACAUGGAGAUCAGUCCUUGUUAGACAUCUGGCAAUCCACACCGGAGAGAGACCCCAUAAGUGCUUGGACUGUGGGAAAAGUUUCAUACGGAGGUCAGCCCUUGUUAAACAUCAGGCAAUCCACACUGGAGAGAUACCCUAUAAGUGCUUGGACUGUGCGAAAAGUUUCAUACGGAGGUCAGCCCUUGUUAAACAUCAGGCAAUCCACACCGGAGAGAGACCCCAUAAGUGCUUGGACUGUGCGAAAAGUUUCAUACGGAGGUCAGCCCUUGUUAAACAUCAGGCAAUCCACACCGGAGAGAGACCCCAUAAGUGCUUGGACUGUGGGAAAAGUUUCAUACAGAGGUCAGCCCUUGUUAAUCAUCAGAGAAUCCACACAGGAGAGAGACCCCAUAAGUGCUUAGAUUGUGGAAAAAGUUUCCUGCAGAGAUCACACCUUCUUAUACAUCAGAGAAUCCACACAGGAGAGAGAACCCACAAGUGCUUGGAUUGUGGGAAAAGUUUCAUACAGAGGUCAAGUCUUCUAAUACAUCAGGCAGUCCACACAGGAGAGAGAACUCACAAGUGCUUAGACUGUGGGAAAAGUUUCACAUGGAGAUCAGUCCUUGUUAGACAUCUGGCAAUCCACACCGGAGAGAGACCCCAUAAAUGCUUGGACUGUGGGAAAAGUUUCAUACAGAGGUCAAGUCUUCUAAUACAUCAGAGAAUACACACAGGAGAGAGACCCCAUAAGUGCUUGGAUUGUGGGAAAAGAUUCCUACAGAGAUCACACCUUCUUAUGCAUCAGACAAUCCACACCGGAGAGGGACAUAAGUGCUUAGACUGUCUCGUGGCCUCCCCCUUCUCGCUGUUCUCCAGCACCUUCGCCUGGCUCCUUGCAGAGGACCGGCUCCGGGUUGGCUUGCCAGGAUACCGAAUUUUGGCCAUUCUCUAUGCCCAGGGAGCCACUCUUCAGUGA